GAGCUGCACACAACACCAACACCACGCCAUUUUACUUAGCACGCUUGGAGCGCGUUGACGUCCUGUAGGGUGUAGGUCGUUUAUUGUGGGCAUUGCUGGAUGCAUCAGGAUUGACCGAGCUUCGCGUGGUUUCCAGAAAACUGAAAAAAAUGCCCAAAGAAUAUGCGGUGGUCAGGUUUCCUGAAGAAGACGACAAAGUGGAACUCGUGCCAGCAUCAUGGCUCAUCGCAGGUGGUGAAUUUUGCCUGUGGCCGCCAGAAAGUUGUGUUUCUAUCCAAGACGCGAUAAGGGCGUGCAAAGGACCCGGAGCAGGCUGGGCUCUUUGCCCCGUCGUGAAAAUGAAGGAAAGUUACGGGUACCGGCGCGGUCUCAAAAAGCUGAAGCUGGCGCUUGACACGUCGGAUCUCGAUACACACGGCCCGGCGCAAUCUGAAGCUUCAGACCAUGAGGUUGACAAGGAGAACACCUCUGCCCCAACAGAGUCCAUGCUGUUCAACACAAGUGUAGGGGCCAACAGUGACGAAAUCGUGCCGCCCCCUAAGCGGCGUACUAUUUUGCCACCUCCACCAGCCAAGAAAACAAAUGUUGCUGCACGAGUAUUUGGAGUUAGUGGUUUCUGCCAAAAUAAUGGUGAAACUGAAGAAAUCCUAAUUGAUCACGACCUCCCAUGUUCGUCACCGCCAAGCACCAACACCCAGAAUGUCAGAGUGCCAGUUGCUCCAACCCCCAGAAUUUCAGUUGCCUCUACGUCUCGUGAUCAAGGUAGAGGCAUGAUACUAUGUGGAAGCAAUGCUAAUGGGGCACGUGCAACAGCUACUGCAGCCCAGACCACAGGAGCUGAAAACUCCACUAGCUUGAAUGGAUUUCAAGAAAAAUGCAUCAGGUUACUCCUUGAGAACCGGUUGCUGCUCCGCGAGCUGACUAAACGUGUGGCAUCCCUUGAAAACAACGCUUCUCUUGUACCAGCUGAGCACCAAUUGUCAUGUGAUGCUGCACUACUGAUUGAGCAGCCACUGUCUUCAAUAGAAGAGCUAGAAGACGUGGAAAGAGCAUUACGUGAACCGACGAAUCGCCUAGCCAUCCUAGGUGGUGGUGACUUCAAGGAAAUUGUCAAGCUUGCCCUGGACCGGACUAUGAAGAACACACUUCAGGCGCAGUAUAGCGUAGAGGGACGUAGAGGCAAGCGGUCUUUUAAGACCCUCUCCUUGUGCAGCGUGAUUGUUGCUGCAGUGCUGCAGCGCAUGGAUGCUCUAAAGAUCCCAGUGACCGAAGCCGAUUUUCAUGGACGCAUCGGGAAAUAUCUGGCUGGAGCAUGCGACAGAGAUGGUGGCCGAAAACGACGGAUGAAAGAAAUCUAAAUAAAUAAAUAAAUUUGACUCACUUGUU